AUGGUGCUAAUGCAGACUGCCCUCAAGACGUUUCAGCAGCUGGUCAGCAAGAUCCUGGAUGGCACCGUCUCUCUGGGCAUCCUCCAGCUGGUGCUAGACAGCACGCUCAGCUUCCGCGCCAUCUACAGCGCCAUGAGGAGCCAAGGUGACGCUGCAGGUCCAGACAGGCGAGAGAUGGAACUCGUGCUGGCGCGGAGACAGGAGGAGGUGACAGCGGUGCACGAGGAGGUCCGGAAUGUCAAGGCUCUGGUGCGCAUGUGCCACGCGAUUGAGGACAUCGUCCAAGUGGACGUGUCAGUGCUGGAGAGUCGGUGCAGGCGCAGCCUCGUGCCGUGCCCCCUCUGCGACCUGGUGCUUGCCAAGCGCGGCCCGGCCUGGUGGAGGGGCAGCGACUCCGGCGGUGCCAUCGUGGUCACCCACUUCCGCAUGAGCUCUGAGCUGUGCCAGUUCGCCCGCGGCUGCUCACUCCUCUCGCGCAGCGCGGCCUUCCACCAGCUGUGGAAGGAGGCGGCGCUGGCUGCCUACCGCGGGGCUCUCCACCUGGCGGCGGCGGAGGCCGCCCGCCGGCGCAGCACCCGGUGGCCGGCGUACAAGGCAGUGGCGAUGCUGGCGGCGGCCAGUGCGCCGACGCUCGCGUCUCUCGACUGCGUGUGGCUCGAGGUGUGGCGGCCGUCGCUGCGCGCCGCCGGGUCGCUGCUCGUCGAGCUGCGCGAUGGUGCUGCUCACCUCCACGACGUCCGCCGCCUCUUCGCCGUGCUCGAAGGUCGCCCCGCUGAUGUGGGGCCCGAGCUGGCGGCGUUGGCCGCCGGCCUGGGAGGCUCGCCGGAUGCCGAGUGGAUCGCCCAGAGGGCCUGGCAGAUCACGCGGUACCAGGAGAUGUGGCCAAAGGUGGGCGUGGUGAGGGCCGUGCUGGCGGUGAGGGACGUUCUGGGACUGACCGGAGACUUCGGCGCCCUGCUUGAGCUCACGGACGAGGAAUUUCACAGCAAGAAGAUCAAUCACAUCAACUCCAAGCUGGUCUCGGCCAUGGACACCCUGAUGGAGGUCACGCCUGCCAGGCUGGAGUGCCUGGAGCAACUGUCACAGUCCGAGCAGCUGCUGGUCUGGAUCAAGGGCACCUUGAAAAAUCUGACCGAGCUGAAGGUGUUCGUGGACCUGGCGUCAAUCACGGCCGGCGAGAGCGACCUCGAGGUGGACCGCGUGGCUUUCUUCCACGACGCGGUGCAGGGCUACUCGCCGCUGCUCUACGACCUGCGAGCCAGCGCCGGCUUCCCGGAGCUCGCCGACGCCGCCCGCAGCGUGUGGCGCUCCCUGGACAGCGACGCCAACCUCACCCUCAAGCUGAGAUGCUCCGUGCAGCACCUGCCGUGGUUACAGGCGGUGUGGCACGGCUCCGUGGAAAUGUCCACUCUGUCCACGGCCACCGCCAUCAACCACAGCGGUGUCUACCACGUGGGCGCCAUCGCGGGCAGCGGCGACAAGCCCUCGCUGGAGACGGUGCUGCUGCUGACGCUGCCCGACCCGUCGGCGGCUGGCGGUGGCGGCGAAGGUGACGGCGACCUGCACACGUUCCGGAUCCACGAGCUCCGGGAGCUGCACAGCAAACUGAUGCUCACGUGUGGCACGCGGGAAUGGAGCGAGGAGGUGGAGACCUUCACCGAGGUGCUGGAGAGUGUCCUGAGGCUCGCCGACGCUCACCUGGCCCUGAGCGCCAGCGCCAACCCGCUCUUCCGCCGCUGGACGGUGCGCGUCGCCAGCGCCGGUGCGGCGACGUCUCGCAUCACCGUCGAAUUCGGGCUGCCGGGUGCUGGCGCGCUGACGGUGGACGGAGGAGCCCCCCGGCAGCUCGCGCUGCUGUGCGCCGGAUCGGAGCGCUGCCUGGUUGAGUGGCGGGCGCACGUGAAGGCGCUGCGACGCCGCUACCCACAGCUCGACCUCUACACGGCGCAGCAGGUGGCGUGCCUGUGCUCCGAGGUGGGCGAGCUUGCACGGGGCGGCGCGGGCCCCGGCGCCGCCAGCGCCCUCGCCAUGCUGUCGCUCGUCAAGGAGGACUGCACCGCCCGGGACGUUCAGCAGGCCGUGUCGGACGAAGCAGCAGCGCCGGCGGCAAUGACGACAGACGAUGAGCGAUACGACGGCGGCGAUGACGGCGACGACGUCCCAGGGCCGAACAAUCCGGAAGCCGAUGUCACUGAAUCCCCGUGGCUUGACCGGCAGCUGCUGCGCCUGUGGCGGAGCUUCAUGGCCACGGGCAGUGCCGUGCCUCCCGAUGACGACCCUGGCGUAGAGGCCGUGGCCCGCGUGCUGGCACGCCUGUCCGCCGCGGCGCGGGCGAGCCCCGGCCGCCGGGCCGUCCGCCGGCGGCUCCCCAAUGGGCUGACGCAGGGUCAGCCCAACCUGGUGGUGUGCGCGGACGAGGAGGAGGAGUUCACGUCGGCGCUGUCCCUCUACCUGAGCGAUGAGGACGAGCCGCUGCCGGCGCCCGACGAGGUGCUGGUGUGCUCGCCCGACACCACCGUCGAGGAGGUGGAGCUGUUCGUGAGGAGGGCGCUGAGCGGCGACGCCGGCGACGGUGGCGACGGGGACGUCAAGAUCCACUCGCUGCUGUGCGCCGACCGGCUGAGCUACGAGGCGAGCGUGCGCAUGGAGGAGCUGGUGCUGGUGGAGCGCCGGCCGGCCGGCCGCUACCAGCUCGUGGUGUUCUGCCACGCGCGGGAAGAGCACUGCUAUGCCGCGUCGUGCCUCAGCGAGUUCCGGGCGAGUGCCGCACCACGGGUGCCCGCCGAGCAACUCCGCUGGUGCCUGUGGCGCUGCCUGCAGGUGGAGGCAGAGCGCGGGGGCCGGGUAGCGUCGGUGGCGGCGGACGCCUUCACCGAGCGGCUCAGGGCCCGGGUCGUCUGGUCGACGCGGCCUGGAGUGGGCAAGUCGCUGCAUGUGCAGCGCAUGCACGACGUGCUGCGGUCGACCUUUGGCGGCCGGAGCCGGCUGCACACCGUGCGGCUCAUGGGCCAGGGAGUGGACGAGGCGGCCGUGGUGGCCUCCCUGCUGAAGCUGCAGGAGCCCCCGGGGCAGGAGAGGCCUCACCUCGUCCACGUUGACGUCACCGCCGCCGUGUGCUCGGGUCUCAGCGCCUUUCUCUUCCGCCUGCUGGCGCUGCGGUGUCUGAGUGGUGCUGGCGGUGCCGUGUGGCGCUGCAGCGCCUCUCACCUCUAUGUCGUCGAGAUCACGCAGGGGGAGGGGGGAGAGAGGGAGGAGGAGGUGGGUGGCGCCAGCUCGGACUCAUGCAGGGCUCCUCGCGGUGUGCGUCUGCUGGACCUGUUCCCGGGAGUGCGGUGCCACUCGCCCAGGGAGUGUCUCGACCGGCAGGCGUCGACCCAGGCCCAGGGACAGGCCCAAGGACAGGCCCAGGGCCAGCUCAUGGACCACCUCCUCUUCGUCAGCGAGCGGUACCAGCGACCCUUUCAGUACCUGGAGAGACUUCGCCUGCAGCAAGACCUCGACAGCUUCAGCUACAAGCCGGGCCCGGCGGAGGGAACUCCGGCGCUGUGGCUGCGCACCGUGCUGGCGUACUGCGGGGUCGCUGACCCCUCCUGGGCAGAGCUGAGCAACUUUUUGAGGUUUCUCAACGUGCAGCUGCUCGACUGCGAGCGGUCGGCGUUCUGUGACCGGCUGCACGUCGGCGACGUGCUGCCCGGGUUCCGGCGCUUCGUCGUCGAGUUCGUGGUCCUCAUGGCGCGGGACUUCGCGACGCCCUCCCUCGAUGUCUCCGACGAGAGCCCCCAGGCGCUCCGGCGGCGCGUGGGCGAAGAAGACCUCGCGCCCUUCCAGAUCCGCAAGGCGUGGGAGAGCCGGCCGCACCCCUACGUCUUCUUCAACGCAGACGGCCACUCUCUGACGUUCCUCGGGUUCCACCUGCAGCUGAACCCGCGGAGGGGCGUCGACGCGGUUGACCCUCGCACGAGGGACGUCCUUAAGCCGGACGCCAUCGGCGUCGAACUCCAAUGGAGCCUCAAUGCGCAGGGCGUCGACUUCAACGUGAACUUCGACGCGCUGCCGCGGGACGCCAAAGUCGAGACGCUCUGCACGGUGCUGGGGAUCGCGCAGCCCUCAGACCCUGAUGCCACCUACGAGCUGACGAUGGACAACGUCCUGAAGAUGCUCGCCAUCCACAUGCGCCUCCGCUGCGGCAUCCCCGUCGUCGUCAUGGGCGAGACGGGCUGCGGCAAGACGAGGCUCGUCAAGUACCUGUGCGGCCUGCAGAGGGGCCGCCUGCAGGCCGACAACGUGAAGCUACUAAAGGUGCACGGCGGCACGACCAUCGCUGACGUCCAGGCCAAGAUCCGGGAGGCGGAGGUCGCGGCCCGGCUCAACAAGGUGAGGUUUGGGCUGGACACGGUGUUGUUCUUCGAUGAGGCCAACACUACGGAGGCGAUCCACGCCAUCAAGGAGGCCCUGUGCGACGGCACAGUCGACGGCGAGCCGUUCGACGCCAACUGCGGCCUCAAGAUAGUCGCGGCCUGCAACCCGUACCGGAUGCACUCAGAGGCCAAGAUCCGGCAGCUGGAAUCAUCCGGGCUGGGCUACCGGAUGGCGGCAUCACAAACGGCGGAGAGGCUUGGUGGGAUCCCUCUGCGCCACCUGGUGUACCGCGUGCACCCUCUCCCGCCCUCGCUCAUGCCGCUCGUGUGGGACUUCGGGCGACUGAGCGAUGACGUCGAAGGGCGGUACAUUGGCCAGAUCGUCGAGCGGGCCCUCGCACCGCACGGCGUCCCUGUGGGCGGCGCGGCUCUAGUCGCUCAUGCACUGGCCGCCUCACAGUGCCACGUGCGGAGCCGGCGCGACGAGUGCGGUUUCGCGAGCCUGCGCGACGCCGAGCGGUGCAUCGUCGUCUUCCUCUGGCUCUAUGCCCGGAUGGAGGCGCUCUUCGCGAGUUGCGUGGUCUCGCCGGGCGGUCGCGCCGCUCUGGACGCCGUCACGAGGGCUCUCGUCGUGGCCGUCGGCGUCUGCUACCACUGCUCGAUGCGGGAUCGCGAGGGCUACAGGAGGAGCGUUUGCGAGGAGCUGCCGGCACCGUUUGACAACCCCGACCGGGUGCUCGCGGAGAUCACCGCCUGCCAGGAGCUGUUCCUGGGGAACCUGGAGCUGGGCGAGACCAUCGCCAGGAACGCCGCGCUCCGGGAGAACGUCUUCAUGAUGGUGGUGUGUGCCGAGCUGAGGAUCCCGCUAUUCCUCGUCGGCAAGCCGGGCAGCUCCAAGUCGCUUGCCAAGGCGGUGGUGUCGCAUGCCAUGCAGGGGCUUGUCGCGCCCACGGAAUUCUACAGGCGCUUCAAGCAGAUCCACGCCGUGUCCUUCCAGUGCAGCCCGCACUCCACCUCGGAGGGCAUCGUCGGCACGUUCAGGCAGUGCGCCCGCUUCCAAGAGGGCAAGAACCUAGAGGAGUUCGUGUCGGUCGUCGUCCUCGACGAGGUGGGCCUGGCCGAGGACUCGCCAAAGAUGCCGCUCAAAGCACUGCACCCGCUGCUGGAGGACGGCUCCGUAGACGACGACCCAAAGCCCCACCAGAAGGUUGGCUUCGUGGGCAUUUCGAACUGGGCCCUGGACCCGGCCAAGAUGAACCGCGGGAUUUUUGUCGCCAGGGGGAGCUCGGACAAGGCCGAGCUGGUGGCGACCGCGAGGGGGAUCUGCUCGUCGGAUCGCCUCGUCCUGUCCGCGCUCGAAGGCCUCUUCUCGACGCUGGCCGACGGCUACCUGAGGGUGUGCGAGCGGCAGAAGAGGGGCUUCUUCGGCCUCCGGGACUUCUACAGCCUCGUCAAGAUGCUGUUCGGCACCUGCCAGAGGUCCGGCUCCGCGCCGACGGUGCCGGAGCUGCGGCGGGCCGUCCUGAGAAACUUUGGCGGCAGUUCGGACGUCGAGCCGCUGGCGAUCUUUGGCGUGGCAGACCAGGGCUGCCACGAUGCGCUGAGCCUCGUCAGGGAGAACAUCGCCUCCGGCGCUGACGAGACCGAGUGCCGGUACCUCCUCCUUCUCACGCAGAACUACUCAGCGCUCUCCAUCCUGCAGCAGGACGCCUCCCUGGGCCUGGCGGAUGGUGCCGAGAUCAUCUUCGGCUCGAGCUUCCCCCGGGACCAGGAGUACACGCAGGUGUGCCGCACCAUCAACCGCAUUAAGGUGUGCAUGGAGGCCGGCAGGAUGGUGGUGCUGCUCAACCUACAGGGCCUCUACGAGAGCCUCUACGACGCGCUCAACCAGUACUACGUUCACCUGGGUGGGCAGCGGUAUGUAGACCUGGGGCUGGGCACACACCGCGUCAAGUGCCGCGUGCAUCGGCGAUUCCGCCUCGUCGUCAUCGAGGAGUCACGCGUCGUCCACCGCCACUUCCCCGUCCCGCUCGUCAACCGCCUGGAGAAGCACUUCUUGGACAUGGGCGUCGUGCUGCGCGAAGGACAGCGUCGGCUGGCGGAGGCGCUCCAGCGCUGGCUCCGGAGCUUCGCGGAGAUGGUCGGGGACCAAACGAGCGGGGGCCGGUGGCCGGACGACGAGGAGGGGGAGGAUGGGAGGGCCGGCGGUGGGGGAAGGCCCCGAAUCGCCGCCGUCAUCGUCGGCUACCACUCAGACGCCUGCGCCGCGGUGGCCCUGCAGGUUGCGAGCCGCAUGGCGCCGGAUGUUCAGGAGGGCCUCGACGGGCCGCUCGCGGAGGCCCAGGAGACGCUGCUGAGGUGCGCGGCACCGGACGCCGUCGUGAGGCUGCGGCACAGCGGCCUGUCAGCCGCCGCGGCGGAGAUCUGGCAGAAGUACUUCGUGCACCAGCGGCACGGCUCCCUGCAGGAGUUCGUACGGCAGCAGCUGGAGUUGGCGAGCGACGGCCUGCUGGUGGAGGGCUGCCCUCCCUAUCAACACCUCCCCCCCAUCCGACCCCCCCACCAGGUGACUACACACGCCCGGCUGCUGACCGCCACGGACGCCGCGGUCAUCGCCAAGGCCGUGAGCGAUCCGCCCGCAGACUUCGUCCUGCUGGCCCUGCAGCAGAUCGACACGGAGCACGCCUUCAGCAAGCGCGUCCGCGAGGUGUUCUCGGCGCCCGGCGACCGGCGAUGCCUUCUGCUGAUCCAGUCGGACUUCGAGGAUUUCAGCCACGGACCCAACCUGGUGGCAUGCGCCAAGUACUGCGCCAUGAACGAGAGGAGCCGGGCUGGCGCGGCACGAUCGCGUGUCCACGUCAUCUUCAUCACCAAGUUGCCGCGCGUGGCCACCACCACCUCCUCCGAAUACGUGGGCUUCCACGGGGGCCAGUGGAUCUCUGUCCACAUCGACGACCUGCGCAGCUCCGAGGACCUGCUCGGUGACGUCGUCUCCAUGUGGGGCCUCUCUCUCAGCGAGGUGUUCGCGCGCUGCUGCGGGGUCACGCGUUCAGAAAGCACAGAGGGGGAGGAGCCGGAGGAGGAGCGGAGAGGUUACCUGCGGAGUGUGCCCAGCCGAACACCUUGGCUGACGUCCGCGGGCAGCGCCCGCCGCCUGGUGGCGAGCUGCGUGCAGGCGGCGUGCAGCUCGCUGCGGGACCCCCCCGCGCUCUCCACCCGAUCCACGCGGCGUGUCCACUUGCUGCUGCAGCUGCUCGAGACACACGGGGAAUUUUCGGAGGAGCUGAUGAGGCAGAUUCUUCGUCUGAUGAGGAGGAGGGACGAGGACACGGAUGCGCCGCGUGACUGGAUGCUGAAAGAGGCCUGCAAAGUGAAGGCCAUCCAGGAGGGCGGCUCCUUUCGGCACACCCUGUGGCGCCGCCUGCAGGCCGUGGUCACCCCAUUGCUGGCUCAGCUGCUGUCCGUCGUGGACCGGGACUCCAACCUCGACCUCCUGACUCGGGCCGACCUGCCGCAGGAGCUGCGCUCGCUGUGGAUGCAGGUGUUCCGUGACACGCGUGUGCUUCACGUGCCCUACAGCAACGACAUCAGUUGGGGCAGGAGGAAGGAGAUCCGAAUGCCCUCCUCCUACGGGGAGCAGCAGCAGCGAGCGUUGCAGGGGCAAGGCUGCGCCCUGCCCUUCAGCUGGAUCUUCCGGCAGCAGCUGGAGCAGCUGUGGUGGGAGGCCAAGCACCUGAGCAGGUCGCUGGGUGGCGAGUCGAGCGAGCGACGCCUCCCGGGGCUCUUCACCUCGUCGUGCCUCGGCUCGCUCUGCUCACAGCUGGGCCCCUCCUGCCGCUCGAAGCUCUCCCUGCUCUACCUCCACGACCUCGUCGCCACCUCCUUUCCCAUACGCACCCCCAACGAGCUCCAGCUGCUGUGCCUGGCACUGGCAGAAGCGUCGGCCGAGCAAUGGGGCCUGGACAAGAUGUCGCCGGUGGGAGUCCACGCGGCGCUGGAGACGGUGCGCCCGCAGCUGCAGAACCUGCUGCGUCUGGCGGCCGCGUUCCCCGACGUGGCGGAGAGGAUCGCCGAGCAGAGCGAGCGCCAGGGGGGCGCGACGGAGAUGACCCUGGACCUGCAGACUGCCGUCUCCUGCCUCGAGUCCCUGGAGCCUCCCGCUCGGCCGGAGGAGGCGGAGGAGGCCGAGGCGGCGGCCGCGUGGGGCCGCUGGCUCAGCCGCGUGGGAGCCGUGCGGUCCGUGAUGGAGCGGAUGGCGAGCGCGGACUACGGGGGGCAGUGCGGCCCGGGCGGCCGCUCGCUCGUCGCGCUCACCAGGAUGCUGCUGCAGCGCGUGCUGUGCGUGUCUCUGCUGGUGGAGCACGUGGUUUGGGGAAGCCGCCAGGACGCCGCUCUGCUGCGUCUCACCUCUCCUCUCCCCGCCGCGCUGUGGCAGGCACUUGCCCUCAACUCGGAUAUGAAGCAGCUGGCACCACUGGAGACGACGAUGGCCCUGCUCAGCUCCUGCGUGAGGAAUACCAAAACCCUGCCCCACAGGGCGCGCAAGAAAGCACGCGAGUCGCUGUGCAGCGUCGUGGCGGUCUUCUUCACUGAGCUCGUGUCUCAGCUGAGCUUCCGGGGCCGUGCGGCGCCAUCGCACCCCGUCCUGCACCGCCUCCUCGACAUGCUGCUCCUCGAGCAGAGCACCGAGGGGACGCAGUGCGGAGAGGGGAGCCCCUGGGCGGACUGCAUCCGCCCGAGCCCGGCCCCGGCGCUCGGCACUGCUCAAGCUGCUGCUCCGCUACGUGUAAGUGGCCGCCUUUGCCCCCAGCGCGCCGAGCGCCGUCGCUUCCUUCCCUCUGCCCUGGCCGCCGCGCGAAUCGUUCCUGGGGUCGACGUGCGACCGCCCCCACCUCAGACGGGCGCUGCGCUAGCGUCGGAGUGCGAGGGCCUCGUGCAGCGUGCGGAGGAGUUGUGCUGGCGGCCGGGAGGUGCCUGGCCCCAGCUGUACCUGCUCCGCUCCCUGGCGAGUCGCUUCGGACUCGACCGGCUCCCGUCGCUCUGCCACCGCUUCCCGUGGCUGCUGCCCCCCGAGCUGCACGGCCGGGAGGAGGAACUGGAGCCACGGAUAGACUGGUUCCUGGCCUGUGGCGUGGACUAUCGGACGACUCGUUCAGCACUCGGCAAAGCGAUCAUCGAUUCUGACUUCAGCUCAUUCAACCCACAGGCGUCAGGUGCCCACAAUGCCGAGCGGCAGGUGCUGCUGGUGCUGGCCGUGUACCGGGAGCUGACGUCCACCUCCCAGGAGCGAGUGGCCAAUCAGCUCCGAGAAUUCUCCACCCACUGCCACCUCCUCCGAGCGUCCCCCCCGCUGCACGACCUGUGCCGGUCUCUGGUGCGGGACUCGUUCGCGGGGCCGCUGGCGGCGGCCGAUCCCCGCCGCUCGCUCCUGGAGACGUUGGCCCACCUGGACGCCGUGCUCCGGGCCAGGCCCGCGAGCCGCCUGCUGGCUCCGCUGCGCCGCCUCGCCAGAGACCCCCGCGCCUUGCAGGACUCGCUUCUGGCCACGAUGCCCGACGACAUUCGGGACCAGGCCCGCACCAUGGAGCUCGGCAGCGGGAACUUCGAGUUCACGCGGUGGUACGAAUGUAAGAACGGGCACCCGUGCGUGGUGGGAGAGUGCGGGGCGCCCAUGCAGACGGCGCGGUGCAUCGAGUGCGGCGUCGCGGUCGGCGGACUGGGCCACAGGCCCGUCGCCGGAUUCACCGCCAUCCCGCCCGGUAAGGAGCACACCAGGAGGGGUCACGUGCUAGGAGAUCCGUCGCGCCGGGACUCGGGCCUCUCAUCCGACCGAGGUGUCCCCGCGCUCGCGUUUGGGGUUCUGCGAGCGCUCACCCACGCCGCCAUGCUGCUCGGCUACAUCUCCGACCCCAAGGGCACCGCCGGCCUCAUCGAUCCCCGCGUGGGCGACGCGGCGGCCUUCCUGCUGCGCCACCUGGAGCAGGACCUGCAGCAGCUGUCGUCGGCGCUGGGCCGCAGCACCGACGACGCCCUGCUCCUCGUUCACCUGGCGACGGCUCGCCUACUGCACCUGGAGCCCGGCGACAGCGACGCAAACGACGGGAAGCUGACGAGCCGCCAGCAGCGGGCGGACUGGGAGAGCGAUUUCACGCGCCAGGCUCUGAGUCCGCUGCUCAAGGACCUGGAGCAGAACCUCGAGGAACUGCGUCGGCGUGUCAGCGAUGACCGGCGCGGUCCGCUCAUGCGGAUGCUGUACGGCGACCCCACGCAGCAGCAGCAGCAGCAGGAUGAGCUGUGGCGCUACCAUCCCCGUGUCUCCGCUCAGCAUCUCUCCUCGCUGCUGGAGCAGCAGGAGCUGCAGCAGGAGCUGCCGGUGCUCACCCUCUUCCUCGCCCAGGAGCGCCAGCUGCGUCUGGUCCGUCACCUGCCGGCGCUGGUGUCUCUGGCUCGCGAGCUCGUGAGCCGCUUCUGCUUCGCGGAUCGCGAGAGCAACCUCGGGUCCAUCCGCCGCUACCUCUCCGCCGUGCGCCCAGGCGCCGUGCAGCAUGAUCUCUAUGCCAAGGCGGAGCUGUUCGUGAGCGUGUGGAACCAGCUGAGGACGGCCAUCAGGGAUGAGAACGAGCUGGGCGUCCCCGCGUCGCUGCUGGAGGAGGACCUGAGCGUGGAGAGCGACGCGCUCGUGCUGCUGCCUCGUCGCACGGGGCCCGGCCUCGUCGCCUCCGCCCUCCUGUCGCGCCUCGUCGCCCUGCACAACCGCGUGGUGGCGGCCAGCGAGACCGCCGACGCUCACGACGUCCCGCUGCCGGUGCCGGUGAGCGCCGUGUGCGAGCCGUACGUCGUGUCCUACGACGCCGACCAGGAGCUUCUGCCGCUGCUGGCGUCGGCACGGGGCUAUGCGGCGACGGAGCCGGCGGCUGCCGCCGACAACCUCCACCUGCACGGCCUGCAGCGGCAGAUCGUGCACCGCUUCAUCCGCGGGCGCCCGCGUAUCGAUGUGACGGACCUGCCAACACUCGUCUUCCCCCAGGACCGGGACUUCUCGGUCCUCUUCAGCGAUCUGCGCCUCAAACUGCCCCAGGUGGCUCUGCCCAGCGCCCUGCAGGAUCGAGUCCGUGGCCAGCUGCGGUCGUUCCUCUACACGACGGAGGCCCACUCGGCGGUGCAAAUCGUCGCCGGCUUCCUGGCGUCCGGCGGCGGCGACGGCGAGAGCGGCCUGCGCCCAUUUCUGUGUGACACCAUCCGCAUGAACCAGCUCUCCCCGCAUGUGCUGCAGGUGCUCGAGGCAUGCCGACUCAAGCACGUGACUUCGCUGUGGCACGUGCUCUCAGCCAUGCGGUCCGAGCACUUCCUACUGAAUAACCAGGAGCCCUUCCCAAGGCUGCCCUCGGACAGCUACCGCGAGCCGCUGAGCGCCGCGCAGGAGGAGCGGCUGAGCGCGCUGCUCGACGGCCGCUCUGGCGGGGCGCUGGCGGCGCUGGCGCUGGCGCUGCACGGCUUCAUCCUCCUGGCGCUGUGCCGCAGGGGGGCUCACGACGCCCACUGGGGGUUGGCGGAGACCCUGGCGGCCGCGGGCAUCGAGUGGCUCGUGGAGCAGGACCUCGACGCCGAGGUGACCGUGGGCCAGAGCGCUGCCGUGUGGCGGGCGGUGGUCGCGCACAGAGAGCGCAGGAGGACGUCUCUGAACAACGACCACAGCGCAUGAGACGAAGAUGCCCCCCCCCAACCCCCGUGUAGCCUUAACCCUUUUGAGAGUCUGACACUUAAGAGCGGCGUUCUUCGCUGCAAGGCAAUCGCGGGCCCCCCCCACCCGCCACCCUGGUGGCCUUUAGUGCGACCCAUCUGACGUGCCCCCCCCUCCCCCGACAAUAUACAAAUGGUGACCCCCCCCCAUCCCUCCACCCGCAUCGUCAUCAUCAGGGUGCUGCUGUCACAAAGCCCCCCAAUGGUUUCAGAUGUCGUAGCGGACACACAAACACACCGAUGACGUCUUAUUGGGGAAGGUGUCCACCUCCACCAAUCCCCGCCACUCCCUCCUCUGAGAAUGAGUGAAGAACACUGCACGAGACAAAGGUAACCCGCGCAGCCUCCACUCGCUGUGGGGGCAAGUGCCCGUUGGAGACGCAGCAACGUCGACGACGAGAGCCUCCGUCGUCCGUCAACCCACGGGGCCGCUGGCGCCAGGCGAGGUGUCGCCACCCGAGUUCGGUACCCGCCCACGGCCGCCGACGACGCCGGCGCUGGGUCUCCUCUAGGUCGACUCGGCCUCAAAUUGAGUUUCUGGUGCGGUGUCUGGUAAAAAAAAAAGUAGAAAACUAAAUCAGCAGCACUGGGGAGACAAAGGCGGCCGGGUGUGGUGAUGACCACAACCACCCACCCGUGUGCCACAGAGCCGGCCUUCAUAGAUGCCACUCGCUAACAGCACUUGCCCCCA